AUGUCCUCAAUACUAACAACCCUCGGCCUCCGCGCCGCUCCCAGCCAAGCGGCUCCCAACCACGCAACCUCCUUCCUAAUCGCCAACUGGGCGCUGGCGUACUGCCUAAUGAGCACGCGCGGCACAAAGAUACGCCUCGGACUGGACCACAACGUUUCUCCCCGUGAGGACCUGAGCAAGUACGGCGAGGCUGCUGUGCAGUCUGGCAAGAUUUCGCGCGCGCGAUUGAAUCGUUUGAAGCGUCAGGAGGCGGCGCAUGCUAAUGCUGUCGAGGGGUAUUCGCUCUUCGUCGGUGCCAUUCUCUCCGCGCUCGUUGCUGGUGUGGAUGCCGAGACGAUUAACACUGUUGGUGUUUGGUAUACGGUUUCGCGGGUUGCGUUUAGUCUUUGUUAUUCGUACAUCGAGGAUCCCAAGCUGAGUUAUCUCAGGUCUGUUGCUUGGUGGUCUGGGAAUAUUUCUUGUAUUACGGCGCUUGUGCAGGCAGGGAAGAAGCUUUGA